AUGCAGUGAAAACACCAUGGAUUUGUUCUUGGAAAGCUCAGAAACCACACCUGGCUCUGAGGCCCAGAACUAAGCCCUGCUGGCUUUGUGCCUACAGGCUGGAGAAGUUUCCAGUCACCCCUGAGGCAGGCCUCCACGUCCCUCUUCCCUUCCAACAUGCCUCUCGCCAUCAUUCCAUACUGUCUCUCCCAGUAGACACAAGAGUGUGUAAGAUGUUUAUGCCUUGGGAUUCAUACUUCUCUUUCCUCUCUCCCCCCUUACAGAGACUCCCUGGGGGCUGCCCUUGGUGGCUGAUGGCCCGGCUUCCAGGGCAAAGGUGGUGAUGGCAGAGCUGGCCCACGUGGAGUUGGAAAACAAGCCAUGGCCUAAAGGGACGCACUCCCUCAUCUACCACUAUCUGGCCCUAUCAGAGCCAGGCCCCGGCCUCCCGCAGUUUCUGGCUGUAGGCUACGUGGACGACCAGCCCUUCAUCCAGUAUGACAGUCGUGUGGGCCGGGCCAAGCCCCAGGCCCCUUGGGCGGCAUCCAUGGAUGCCCAGUACUGGGAGAGGGAGACCAAGAAGCAGAGGAUCUGGGCGGAGGUGCAGCAGGUGGAGAUGUGGACGGUGAUGGGCUACCACAAUCAGAGCAGCGGUAUGCACAGCGCUCAGCGCAUGUUCGGCUGUGAGGUCCAGGAAGACGGCCGCUUCAGCAGCUUCUGGCAGUUUGGCUAUGAUGGGCAGGACCAUCUGUCGCUGGACCUGGAAUCUCUGAGCUGGGUGUCUGCCGUGCCUGUGGCCGUGCGGACCAAGCGCUGGUGGGAGACAGAGCGCUGCUAUGCCGAGUAUGACAAGGCCUAUCUGGAAGGCGUCUGCCUCCCCUACCUGCUCAGAUACCUGGAACUGGGGGGCCAGAGAUUCAGCAGGAGAGAGCCACCGACAGUGCGGGUGACACGGCACUCGGCCCAGGACGGGGGCACCACACUGAGGUGCUGGGCCCUGGGCUUCUAUCCACAAGACAUCUCGCUGACCUGGUGGCUGGAUGAGAAGCAGCUCAUCUCAAAGACUGAAUAUGUGGACAUACGCCCCAGUGGGGACGGCACCUAUCAGACGUGGGUGGCCGUGCAGGUGCCAGCCGGAGAGGAGAGCCGGUACACCUGCCAUGUACAGCAUUCCAGCCUGAACCACACACUGACUGGGUCCUGGGAACGGCCCUCCCAUCAUACGCACUUUGCCAUAAUCAUCUCCCUCAUCCUGGUCGUGCUGGUGGCUGGCGUGAUCUUGAUCAACUGCCUUUACGCCAGGAACAGGGAACAUUACGAACAAGCCACAGGUGGAGAGGACCCCCAUAAUUCCUAAAGCCCAGCAAAAGAGGGGCCACUUACCUCAUCUGCUGACAGAAGUUCACCGUCAGAGAUCAAGGAGACGUUUUGUAGGGUGUUUGGGGGCCUGAAGGCCCCCUGCACCAGUGAUCUGACUGUGAAGGGCCCACCCCGCCCCCAAAACUGAGCCCUCCUCACCCCCAUCAGCCCUGUUACAAGCAACCUGUGCCACAAAGAUGGUUUUGCCAUCUUCCUGAAGUCCUUUUAAAAUUCUAAUUAUUUCCUGUUGGAGGAUGCGGGGAAGAGGGCAGUAAUGAUUCCUCAGAUGGGUUUACACUUGACAAUUUGCAAAAUGAUUUCUUGUUGCUUGUAAAUCCCACUUGAGCCUCUCAGGCACCCUGUGAGUCUGGCAACGUUACCCUCAUCCCCACUUCCCCAACGUGAAAACCAAGGGUCUGAGCCUUCAGGGAAGAACCACAACAAUUGUCAGAGUUACGGGGGCCGGCAGCAUCCAUCUGCUUGCAUCAGGAAGAACUGGCCAAAUGCCCGCCUCUUUUAUAAGUGUGUUCUUGUAUGUAUGUAUGUAUGUAUGUGUGAUCCCCUCUUGUAAAGACUAUAGAGUGUUGGAGGUAUGGGGGGUGGGUGAGGGUGAGAGUGGGUGGGUAUAUGUGUAUGUGAGGGUGAGCGGGUGUGUUAGGGUGGAGAUGUGUGUGUGUGUUUGAGGGUGAGGGGAUAUGUUGUGUGUGGGUAUCCUUGUGUCUGAGGAGAAGCUCAGAGGGUCAGGUGCCCAGAAGCCAGUUAGUUAGUCCCAGGCAGCUGGAGGAUGGGAAGCAACACAAGCCUUAUUUUCCAUUAUUUCCUGUCCUUUCGAAUGGUCUGAAUUUUUACAAUAAGCAUACAUUACGUUUACAGUGAGGGAAAGACCCAUUUUCGCUGUGUCCUGGGGGAAUGCUUGUGGAGGGUGGGUCUGGAGAAGGCCCUGCCUCCCCUUCACAUUUUCAGGGCAGCAGAAACCUCUUGUCUCUUCUGUGAACAAGGAUCUCCCUGGGACCACACACGUUUGUUGAUUCCACCAGCAGUUUGAGUCUCAUAGCCACGUGAUGUGCUCCGGACUGGGACGCCAGAGCCCUGGCAGGGAGAGGGAACACUCCACGGUCAUAAAGGACCCAAGGCCAGUCCCCUCCCAGGCCACCCUCUGCCUCCUCUUCAGCUGACCCAAAGAUGUGACAUGUCGCCUCCUAUGGGGACUUUGGAAACCUCAUGUCUGCAGCCCUGGGAGGCCCUGAGCUCGAGGAUGUGGACGGCUGUGAUACUAGAAAAAGAUUUAGCCUGUCCUAACGGCCUGCAGGACCUCAGCAGUGAGCUCAGAAUUAUCCGAGUGUACUGAAGAUGUGUCUUAAAUGUCUGAAUUUCUCAGUGAUGUCAACAUGUUCCAUAUAUGCUGUCCUAACCCCUAGCAGGAUUCUAAGCACUUUUCUAUAUACUAAGCAGUUCAACCCUCACAGUACACCUGUGCGGGGGAAUGAAUAAUCCUGUUCUACAGGUGAGGAAACUGAGGCCCAGGGUCCCACAGCUGGUUCACACCGGAGCUGGGGCGUGAGGCCAGGCAGUCUGGCUGCCAUCUGGGCACCUCACCACUGUAUCAAAAGCCUCAGUGACAACCAUGCUGCUGUGUAAAUGGCCAAGUAAGUACAGGUCUGCAAUCCCUUAUCUGCAAUUCUGAAAUCAAAAAAAAAAA